ACACAAGUUUCACAAUUUGAGUUGAAUUAAUGAAAUGAACUUUUCCACGACAUUCUAAUUUAUUGAGAUGCACCUGUACUUCCACCAUCCCAGCUCCAACUACUUCCACCAUCACCAUCAUAGCUCCAACUAUUUCCACCAUCCCAGCUACAACUACUUCCACCAUCACCAUCAUAGCUCCAACUACUUCCACCAUUCCAGCUCCAACUACUUCCACCAUCACUAUCCCAGCUCCAACUACUUCCACCAUCACCAUCAUAGCUCCAACUACUUCCACCAUCACCAUCAUAGCUCCAACUACUUCCACCAUCCCAGCUACAACUACUUCCACCAUCACCAUCAUAGCUCCAACUACUUCCACCAUUCCAGCUCCAACUACUUCCACCAUCACUAUCCCAGCUCCAACUACUUCCACCAUCACCAUCAUAGCUCCAACUACUUCCACCAUCCCAGCUCCAGCUACUUCCACCAUCAUUAUCAUAGCUCCAACUACUUCCACCAUUCCAGCUCCAACUACUUCCACCAUCACCAUCAUAGCGCCAACUACUUCCACCAUUCCAGCUCCAACUACUUCCACCAUCACCAUCCCAGCUCCAACUACUUCCACCAUCACCAUUCCAGCUCCAACUACUUCCACCAUUCCAGCUCCAGCUACUUCCACCAUUCCAGCUCCAGCUACUUCCACCAUUCCAGCUCCAGCUACUUCCACAAUCCCAGCUCCAACUACUUCGACCACCACCACCAUCCCAGCUCCAACUACUUCCACCACCACCAUCCCAGCUCCAACUACUUCCACCAUCCCAGCUCCAAUUACUUCCACCAUCACCAUCAUAGCUCCAACGACUUCCACCAUUCCAGCUCCAACUACCUCUACCAUCCCAGCUCCAACAACCUUCACUGUGCCAACCACCCCAAGUACGAAAAUACAAAGGACAUCUCAACGUACUGUAAACCUUGUCAUCAAUGCGGAAGCUUCUACCGUUACCAAGAGUGGAAAGAUGGCCUACACAGUUUUAAUGACCGGAUAAUCCUUGAUCUCUCUUUAUGCUUAACCAUAAGGAACAUGCUACAGGUGCAUACUGCAGUGAGCAGAGUGGUAGAAUAUUUAGAAUUGACUACAGGGGUAAAGUUUCCCUCAGCUAAUACAGUUCUUCAUGGGUAUAUUCAUUUUGAAGCACUCACUGAUCAUGAUUAUCAGUUUUCCUGUGUAAAUUGUGGUGAUCAUCCACCAGUGGUCAUCAUGGACCUCCAUAAAAAGCGAGCCUUCCAUUUGUCAGGUGACCAACACAAUCCAUUUAAAGUUCCGCCAACUUUCCACUUUUGGGCACCGUGGAUAGCCAGAAAUACAAGCCGGUCAAACAGUGUCCUCAAUAUGGAAUUUGAAAAAUUCCGUCCGGCAAAACCAGCUGAGGUCUGUGAAAUAACAGUCUCUGAAGACCGCCUGACAGAGGAGCUGUACAAGCAGAAGGUUCAUGUGGUUAGAAAUUUAUGCAGGGAGUGUGGGUUGGAUUCCUCUGGAUCGCGAAAUGACCUCCUCCUGAGACUGUCCAAUGAAUUGCAGUCAAGGCACACGUAUGACAAGGUCUUUCAAAAGAAUUGGGCUGCGUCAGGCAGUUGGGCUGUGAUUAUGUGCCCGUGUGGCAUUGUAUACAGUAUAAAGUGCAACAUUAGAGCUGAAAGCCCACGUGACUUCACAGACAUGCUCCUUUCUUGGAAAUACAUGCCAAAUAUUGUAAUAUGACUUCGCACGUGGACUAGCAACACACAUGAAUCUGAGAGAACCAGAAAAGUUGCCCUUCAAACCAUUUGAAGGAUGGUUAAAGGCCCCAACUCCAUAAAAACAUAGCACUAGACAAAGAUAGGAAACUAAAGGUGUCACUUCCUUGGUUGAAUUGCAAGAAAGUGGUCCCAGACUGUGAUGGCCAUCCCAUGACUGGUUCAGCAGAGCAUUAUGCUCUGUAUGAUCGUUUCCAUGAAGAUAACACAAAGGAUGCCGUAAUGCCUUGAGGAAGCUUGGCCUGGUCCCGCAACUUGCUGGAAUAGUCAACAGCCAAAUAGCAGAACAGCUGUUUGCAAAAAUGAAAAAAAAAAAAAAUAAAAUUACUACUUAAACAUGGCUUUAUCAUCAACUCAUCUGUUUCUCAUGAGGAAUAUCAUUCACCACUACAACUGUCACAAAAACAAACAACGAUUGUGUGACAUAAAAAAGGCUUUUGAUACCAAGAUAGCUAUGAAUAUCCAAAGCCAGGCAGUGUUGGCAGAAGCCGUGCCGCCGUCAGUGGCCCUCGGCACACCCCGACAGCAGCCCUUGGACACGCCCCCGACAGAGGCCCUCGGCACGCCCCCAACAGCGGCCCUCAGCAUGCCCCGACUGCGGCUAUUGACUACUCUUUGAAAUUU